AUGCAGACCGUGGCGGUGCUGGUUUUGAUCGGUUGUGCGCUGAGUAGAUCCCAGGUGGUUCAGAAUGAGGCCAAAUGUUCUCAGUGUUGCGAUGGAUCCACGAGUAUGACCGUGGGCGUGCUGACGGAGAAGGUGGCCCAGCUCGUGGAUAGGACGACUCAACUGGAAAGCAGGAUCCAAAACACUGAGAAUGAACUCCUUGAGCUCAAAAGCAUCACUCGAGGCACCCCGAAAAUCGCCUUUUCUGCAGCUCUUUUGGACUCUGGUUCUGGAGACACUGGGCCGUUUAAUGUCGCCACGCCGCUGAAGUACAAGAAAGUGUUUGCCAACUUUGGAAGCAACUACAAUUCUGGAACAGGUAUUUUCACGGCAUCAGUGAAAGGCGUGUACUUCUUCCGUUUCACGAUGUUCAACAACCUGCAGCAGACGCCCAACUCGGUGGUGAGUCUGCGGAAGAACGGGGUUUCCAUAGUCACUCUCUGGGACGUUUCCGGUUCCGAUUCCAACGACACUGGCAGCAACGCGGCAGUGCUCCCCCUAGAGGUCGGAGACACAGUGCACGUGGAGCUGCAGGAAAACCGAAUCGUCUACGAUGACCAAGCUCACUAUAACACCUUCACCGGCUUUCUGCUCUUCACCAACUAG